UGUCGCGUUCGGGUUCUUUGUGCAUAUUUAGUGCUUGACUUAGAAUUUUUCUUUUAUAAUGUCGUCUAAAUACGCCUACCAGUUAAUACCAGAGUCUUUCCUUCUUGGCGAGGAGGAGAUGGCUAUAGAGUCGAAAGUGAGAAAGAUGACCGUGGAGUCGAAAGUCAUAUCUGGCACAGCGGUGGCCAAGAAAAUACGUGAGGAACUGCGCCAGCAGGUGGAUGAGCUGAGGGCAGCGGGCGCUCAGUUUGUGCCCGGACUGAGAAUCGUGCAGGUGGGCGGUCGAGAGGACUCGAAUGUUUACAUACGCAUGAAGAUGAAGGCUGCCAAGGAAAUUGGCAUCAAUGCAGUACACGUUCAGCUUCCCAGAUCCGUUACCGAACUAGAGCUGAUCGAUAAGCUGAACGACCUUAAUGUCGAUCCUCUGGUGCACGGCAUAAUUGUGCAGAUGCCUUUGGACUGCGACACGGCCAUCGAUCCUCAUCGGAUCACAGACGCCGUCUCUCCUGCUAAGGAUGUGGACGGUCUUCAUACAGUGAACGAAGGUCGCCUUGCCGUCGGCGAUCUCAAUGGCUUUCUGCCCUGCACACCUUGGGGCUGCCUCGAGCUAAUCCGAAGCACAGGUGUGGAGAUCGCUGGCGCUCGAGCUGUUGUCCUUGGUCGCAGCAAAAUAGUGGGCACACCUGCUGCCGAGCUACUUAAGUGGGCUAAUGCGACAGUUACCGUGUGCCACUCGAAGACGAAGAACCUGGAGGAGAUCACGCGUAGCGCUGAUAUUUUGCUGGUGGGCAUUGGAGUGGCCGAGCUGGUCAAGGGCAGCUGGAUAAAGCCCGGUGCCGUGGUCAUCGACUGUGGCAUCAAUGUGAAACCAGACGCAUCUAAGCCGAACGGUACCCGUUUGGUGGGUGACGUUGACUACGAACAGGCGAAGAUGGUGGCGGGCUAUCUAACACCUGUGCCUGGAGGCGUGGGACCCAUGACCGUGGCCAUGCUCAUGAAGAACACUGUGGUGUCGGCUACCAGAGCAGCGACUACUGCUAGGAGCAACAAAUGGUCACUGCAGGUGCUGCCACUGCGCCUAGUCAGACCUGUGCCGUCCGAUAUAGAUAUCGCGCGUGCGCAGCGACCUAAGCAUAUUGGAAAGCUGGCCGAAGAAAUUGGACUGCUGCCGAAUGAGGUGUCGAUGUAUGGCAGUCGUAAGGCCAAGAUCUCGUUGAGCGUGAUCGAGCGCUUAAAGGAUCAGCAAGUGGGCAAGUAUGUCGUUGUAGCGGGCAUCACGCCGACACCUUUGGGAGAGGGUAAGACGACCACGCUGAUGGGCUUGGUGCAAGCGCUGGGUGCGCACAAGCACCGCAACGUGAUUGCUGCACUGCGUCAGCCAUCGCAGGGACCCACGUUUGGCAUCAAGGGUGGAGCAGCGGGUGGUGGCUAUGCCCAGGUAAUCCCCAUGGAGGAGUUCAAUUUGCAUCUUACAGGUGAUAUACAUGCUGUAGCCGCAGCCAACAAUUUAGUGGCCGCACAACUAGACACGCGCAUCUUCCACGAGGCAACGCAGACGGAUAAGGCACUGUACAAUCGGCUGGUGCCAAAGAUCAAGGGUCAGCGCAAGUUCUCCCCCAUCCAGCUGCGCCGCUUGCAGCGCUUGGGCAUAGACAAAACGGAACCCGAUGAGCUAAGCGAAACAGAAGCCGCCGCCUUUUCACGACUCAACAUUGAUGUGGACACCAUCAUGUGGGAGCGUGUGGUGGACAUUAAUGACAGAUAUCUGCGAGAAAUCACGAUUGGCGAGUCACCCAGCGAGAAGGGCCUCAGCCGCAAGACGCGCUUUUCUAUUGCGGUGGCCAGUGAGAUUAUGGCAGUGCUCGCGCUCUCCUCCAGCUUGGCAGACAUGAAGUGUCGGCUAGGAGAAAUGGUCGUAGCAUUUAACAAGGAAGGCCUUCCCGUCACAACGGAUGAUCUGGGUGUAACUGGUGCACUGGCUGUGCUGCUGAAGGAUGCGCUGGAACCGAAUCUAAUGCAAUCGCUUGAGGGCACUCCAGUGCUGGUGCACGCAGGUCCCUUUGCCAACAUUGCUCACGGGUGUAAUUCGAUCAUUGCCGAUGAGAUUGGCCUCAAGCUGGUGGGCAGCCAAGGCUUCGUGUGCACUGAGGCGGGCUUUGGCUCCGACAUUGGCAUGGAGAAGUUCUGCAACAUUAAAUGCCGCAACUCGGGUCGAAAGCCCGAUGCCAUGGUCCUGGUGACAACGGUCAGAGCAAUUAAAAUGCAUGGCGGUGGUGCUCCAGUCACGCCAGGUACGCCUCUCAACAAACAGUAUACAGAGGAGAAUCUGGAACUGCUCGAGAAGGGAUUGCCCAAUCUAUUGCAACACAUCUCCAAUGGCUGCUCCUUUGGCAUGCCUGUUGUGGUGACGAUCAAUGCCCAUGUGGCUGAUACACCGGCCGAGCAUGAGCUAUUGAAGAAGGCCGCUUUGGAGGCGGGCGCCUUUGCUGCAGUGGUCUCAACCCACUGGGCAGACGGUGGCGCCGGUGCAGUCCCAGUGGCCGAUGCUGUCAUCGAGGCCUGCGAACGGAAGAAUGAAUUUAAGUUGCUUUACGAACCGAAUCUGCCUCUGGAGGAUAAAAUGAAUAAGAUUGCGCAGACCAUGUACGGAGCGGGCCAAGUGGAACUUAGCCAGGAGGCCAAGGAUCAGAUCAAACGGUUGACCGAUGCAGGCUUUGGGUCUCUUCCUAUCUGCAUGUCAAAGACCUCCGGCUCGGUCACUGGUGAUGCCAACAUUAAAGGAGCCCCCAAGGGCUUUACCCUUAAGGUGCAGAAUGUCUAUGUGUCCGCCGGGGCCGGCUUUGUGGUGGCCAUGUGUGGGGACAUCACCAAAAUGCCGGGAUUGUCUACUCGCCCAGCCAUCUAUGACAUCGAUCUGAACACCGAGACUGGGCAAAUCGAAGGAUUGUUUUAAAAAUUCAACAUGGACAACAAAAGUCGAAAGAUUUUUAUGAAAUCAAUAGAUUCGUGGGAAAACAUUGGGAAACCCACUAAUAUAAGUUUUACUAGUUGUGACCUUUUGUAAAUAUAUAUUCUGCCCAAUGUUAAAUAUCAA